GGCAGGGCGCGAGGUAUCAUGGAGGAUCAGUGAGCAAAGUGAAGCCAUCAAGAGACCAGCAAGCAGCGCUCUUGUCCUGGGGACUUUAUUGUACUUUGCCGCCUCGCCGCUGACUAAUAUUUCACGAUGGACAUGAAGAAGAGGAUCAUCCUUGAGUUGCGGAACCGAAACCCGGCGGAGGUGGCUGAGAUGGUGGUGGACAGCUGUCAAUCAGUGAGUGGAGAAGUGGAAGGUCUCACAGACAAGUUCACAGAGCUGGAGGCUCUCAGCAUGGUCAACGUAGGCCUCUCCUCGCUGGCCAAGAUGCCCACGCUGCCCAAGUUACGCAAGCUGGAGCUGAGCGACAACAACCUGUCGGGUUCUUUCGAGACUCUGUCGGAGAAAUGUCCCAACCUGGUCUACCUCAACCUGAGCAACAACAAGAUCAAGGAGCUGAGCAACGUGGAGGCGCUGCAAAACUUAAAGAGCCUGCAGAGUCUGGACCUGCUGAACUGCGAGAUAACGUCGUUGGACGACUACCGUGACAGCGUGUUUGAGCUCCUGCCUCAGAUCACCUACCUGGAUGGCUUCGACCAGGACGACAACGAGGCGCCAGACUCGGAGGCAGAUGACGACGAAGACGAGGAUGGUGAGGAUGGGGCGGGGCCGCCGGGUGACUAUGAUGAGGACGACGAUGAAGACGAGGAUGAGGAUGGCUCGGAGGGGGGAGAGGUGGGGAAGAGCUUUCAUGUGAAGAGGGGAGAUCAGGAGGAAGAAGACGAGGAUGAUGAUUUCGGCGAGGAGGAAGAUGAUGAGGAGCAGGCGGACGUUCAGGGACAGAAGAGGAAGCGAGACGUGGACGACGAGGGCGAGGAAGAUGACGAGGACGAUUAGUUGCUACACCGCCGUCUUCGUGUUGUUUGUGUCCGUGUGUCCCCCAGCUAGACAACAAACCAGGAAACUCACUUCCUGCAUCACAUCUUCAUGCUCUCUAACCCCGCCCACUCCUUCCACCUGCUUCCUGUUUGUCUACACGGAGCUUCGAUGCAGGGGUGCGUAUUCUCUUUUUGUUUUUUUGUUUUUCUUUUUUUGGGGGGACAAACUUCAACAGAAUCAGAUGGAUGACGUGAGGAACCGUUUAGAAAGGAGGACAGAGAUCUUCCCAUGGACGCAAAGUCAACACUUCCUGUCACCGUCUUUUUUUAUUUUUACAAACUAAACCAAACACAUUUUUAGGAUCUCAAUUGGACUUUUUUGUUUGUUUGUUUUUAACACAAAAGUCAGCUGAUGUUUCUGGACGAGGUUGUCCCGACCUUUCCACUUCCAAAGAUCCAAGAUGGCGGCUAGCUUGAGCGGGCAGUCGACAUGUCUUCCCGAUGUUCAGCUUGGAAUGUGACGCCUCUUUCUGCUGCCAUAUCAAGUCUUUGGCGGAAGAGGGCGCCCCCUUCAGGACUCCAAGCGCCCAAUCGGGGGCCAUGUUUGUUUUUUCAUCGGAUCAGUAUCUUCCUUCAUUUUAGCCCAAAUGAUCACAUGAUUCCUGUCCCGUCUCGUUUAGAAAUAUGCAGAGCUGCUUUAGCUCAGGUCACCAUAGCGACCAUGUUGUUGUUUUUCCCAGUGUGUGUUUACUUUACAGCUCUAGGACUUUUGAUGUUUUUUUGUUUUUUUUGCAUUUAGCGCUGUUUAGCCUGUCACACUUCCCUUGUGCUGGCUCAGGCUCCACCCCCUACAUUAUUGUAAUAUAUAUGUUACAAAAUAUUGUAAUCAGGUUGAGUCCAGUCAUUGCUAUGCAAAGCAUGACGGGAUAAUUGGUGAGGGGGUGGAACCUGAUGCCAGGCACAAAGACGAUUGAACCUUUUAAUCCUGCAAAGUAGAUUUUUAAGAGAAUUGACGAGAUGAAGUAUUUAUAGAUUUUUACAGAUGUGACGGAUGAGUUAGUUUUCAUUUGUUCUUCUCCCGCGAUUCAAAUGCUGUAAACUUGUUGCUUUCCUGUCAUUUACACUGACGUCCAAAUAAAUUUGAAUAUUUGAAUAAGAA